UUAAUACAUUUAUAAUCAAGCAGAAAAUGAAUGACAUAGUUGACGGCAAAUAAUUGCAUAUCGUAUUCUGUGAAAUUGAAUUAAAUUAGCAAACGGGUUGCGAGUAAACAAAAACCUAAACGGCAAUAAAGAAGAAACGCAUUAAGCACUAGGAACAAAUCAAACAAACAUGAUUUAUUUAUCCUUCAAAUUUAUAAUUUUAUUGUUAAGUUUUUGUUGUUUACACUGCUGCCGCGGCUAUACAAAUUACACGACUGCUGCCCGUUUUGAAGCUAGCAGCAGUAUUAUUGAUACGCCAAGGAAAUCUAUAGCAAAUAAUACGGACGACACAUACAAUGUAGCAGCCAAGUCACUUAAUGAAUCAGGACUCAAUAUAUCUGAUAAUCAGUUAUCGCAAGCUGAACAUAGUUCAGCUGAUUUAUCGAUUAGAAAAAAAACAAAACCCAAUUCCAAUUUUUUCAUUACUACUGAAAGACAAAUAAAUCAAAUAACGGGAAGAGAUAUCGUUAAUGAAGUACUGAGUAAAGUACCAACACACACGACGACUUCAAUACCGGAUUAUAUACACAGAGCAAUGCUAGUGCAGAAGACCAACGACGCUCAAGAUGAAUUUUCAACUGUACAUUAUAAAGAGACCGUUAACUGGCCAAGUUCCCUUAGCCAGCGUACACUUAAACAGGCGGUUGAGUAUAAUAACGCAAAACCGUUAAUAAUAGAUAACCAUUAUUCAACUGUUGCUGGGGAAAUUGUUCCAUUAGCAAUAAACUAUUAUACUGCACAGCAACAACAAAUGGAAAGCGAUGUUAGUAAUGAUUCUAAACAGAAAAAUAAAAACAACAAUAUGAUCAGUAAACUUGACUCACCAGUGGCAAUGGCUCAACAGCAACUUUGGCAGCAAGAUCAGGCAGAAGAACAAUCUCAAUUGCAAAUUAACUCAGGGGAAUAUUAUGAAUUUAAGGAUGCUAUUAAGCAAUCUUCGCCUAAAUACGGAAUCAGCAGAAGCAACAGUUCAAAUGGUAUGACAAUUGAACCACGAACUCAAUUAUCAAUACCAUCAUUAAUGCAAACGCAGCAACAACGGCAACAGCAGUCACGUGAAGAAUUUGCCGAUCUACGUGCAUCAAUGUUGACCGAUGCUUGGUCCACAUUGACCGUCCCCACAACAACAACCACAACUUUAACAUCGCCUGACGCGAAUAUCUUUACCACCACCACCUUGUCAAACUUAGCCAAAUACUCGGGGAAAAUAUUAUAUGACAUGGCGGCCUCGGAACCUCCGUCGAUCGCCAUCACUACGGCUAUCGUUACCAAUCAACGUCUGCCAAUUGCCGCUGACAAAAAAGGUAAACAAAUACCAAUGUCUACGGGUGCAUCGACGCAAAUAGCAGCAAAAACGACAACCAGCCGUAGUAGUAACAGACGUCGCCUACUACCACAUGAACAAUUACGCAAUUACAUUGAAGAUGCUUACAUACGUAUGCCACUUGCUGUCAUUGUGGAUCCCUCAUCGUCGUCACUAGAAAAAUCGAAAGUGCUAUGGAAUGAUGCAUUAAGCAUAAAUAUGAACAUUCAAAUUGUUUUGAUUACGUUAAGCGGUUCAGGUGUUCCCGCUGCUUUCAAUUUCAACAAUACUCAUCAGUUUUUAACAGGCUUAAACAGUAUUAAAGAGCGUAAAGGUGGUGAUGCUUUUGUUGGUAUCUUACAUGCCUCCGAUUUAGUACCUUAUGAUAGUGCUGUUUUCAUAUCUACUGCUGUCCUGUCACCGCACACGGAGUUGGUACAAAAUGCUGCAAUAACGUUACUUAAAAAACGCAUCCGGCUAUAUUUGAUAUGGUUUGGUGAGAGAGCAUUAAGUGAAAAUGAAACACAAGAAUCUUUGGGCGGUAUAUUGGGUGAAGUUGCCUUACGAUCAGGUGGAGAAAUUCUACAUAUUAUAAGCAAUGAAAACUACGAGGAAAUUGAGAGGAGUACGCUUACUAUAGUGGCCGAAGCUUUACGGGGCCCGCAGGAGAUUGAAGUGCCAGUAGAUACGACACUUUCAGGUUUACAUGUAAAAAUCGAUAAACUCAUGAGGAAAGUAAUGUUGGAAACACCGAGUGGCGAUAUUAAUCUCAAAAGUUUGGUUAAAUUUAAAACGUUUGCCACAGCUGGUAACGACGACAAUGCACACUUGAACGCCUACGUACCGUUAAUGAAAUUACCGAAAGCUACAAUAUUCAAAUUAAAAAUUAUACCCGAAGAUAUGGAUAUUGAAUACAGCGUUUUCAUUAGAGCCAAACGCGAAGCGGACGAGCUAUUAGAUGAUGUUUUUAAAAGUUUAACUACGUACGUUUUUAAGGACCAAAGCAUGCCGCCUAAAAAUGUUAGAAGUGAACUUUUACAAGCAAUUAACCCUUUAACAGGUGUCCAAAAUGGUUUCAAAAUUCCAGCAAAUCCAGAGUACAAUCCUAAAAAUGAAGUCAAAAGUUUGUCUACGAAGAAAACCCAGGGAUCAAAAAAAAUUUUCAACAAUUCUUCCCUCCUUCAACUACAAAAUAGCCUCUUUCCACAUUCUAGUACUAAAAUUGUAAUGGGCUCGAAUUCCAAAAUCCUCAUAAGCCCAGGAGAUCUAAGUCAAUUGUAUUUUGAAAUUACAAAUAUGGGCUUAGAAGGUUUGCACUAUUAUAUACAAGUGGUAGACGAAAAACGUUUUCUAAUAAAAUUGGCACCGCAAAGUCUAUACGUAGCUAGCAAACAAACGAUUAGUGUAAUGUUAACAGUAUCAGUACCAAUAAAAACUGAAGUUGGGACCACAGAUCAUAUAACGUUCUCUGCUUAUUCGGCUAGCACUGUUACUUCGCUAGCUGUAUUGUUAAAAGUAAUAUCCCAUUUGGAACUUCAGGAUACCGAAUCACCUACAAUAAGUUGGACAAUUGCCAAUCGUUGUGAUUUUAAAGUUGAUCAUUUGCACUCUUGUUCAGAACAUUUGUGGAGUUUAGAUAUUACUGCACAAGAUAAACAUACAGGUAUACUACGUUUAGUGUCCAUCCCUUCAGACAGUUUGUUUUAUACAAAUUCCUACACCGUCGGUUCCAGAGGUCCAAUAAGAGCUACGUACAUAUCUACUUGUUGUACCCCGACAGUGCAAUUAAUAGCCUAUGAUGUAAUUGGAAAUCAACAGAGGUACCAUGUGAGUGUUGAGCAAUCAGUUUUUAAUGGAGCUGUAAUAGCUGCGAUCACUUUGGGUAUUAUUGUGGUGGUUCUACUCUUCGCUUUACUAAUAGCCGGCGUUAUAUGGUGUUGCCGCAGACGAAAAGGCACCAUAGAUUUGCCUAGUUAUCGCAGUCGUGGCGGCGUUCGAACUGGUACUGGGUGUGAUUGUACGAUCGGCGGUGCCGCCGGCAGCAACAAUGGUUUAUUAGAAAAAUCAUCUAAGGUAAUACCUGUAACAGAGGCACUUAACAAAGGAUUUUUGAUAG